AUGGGUCACAAAGAAAGUAAAGUGGCUGGUGUCGACUUGAACGACGAAACGAUCGAUCGUUUGACCAAGAAUACGAAUUAUACACCUGAACAAAUUCGACAAUGGCACGAAGCAUUUCUUCGUGAUUGUCCCAAUGGUAAAUUGUCGCCGAGACAAUUCACCGAAGUCUAUAAGAAAUUCUAUCCUGAACACGAAGCUGAGAAGUAUAGUUCUCAAGUAUUCCGUACGUUCGAUACGGAUAACAACGGUUAUAUUGACUUUGUCGAGUUCCUUGUCGCUGUAAAUGUCAAUGCCAAUGGUGAUAUACGCGAUAAGCUUGGUCUUGCCUUCGAUAUCUAUGAUAUGAACUCGAAUGGACAAAUCGAUAAGAAAGAAAUGACCAAAGUAAUCACGGCUAUUUAUGAUCUCUUAGGCGAAGAAAACCGUAAAGCCGACAAUUCACCAGAAAAUCGCGUGAAGAAAAUUAUGGAAAAAUUAGACCUCAACGAUGACAAGAAUAUUUCACGCGAUGAAUUCGUCGAAGUAGUCGUAUAUUCAGUCGUCUUUGCAUGUUUGAAAACAUUCAAUACCUUGUUGUUGCUUGUGUUUAUGUUUCAUCUUUGCUUUGUUUGUUUUCUCUUCUAG